UCCUAGCACAUUCUUCCAAGGCCCCGUCUUGGUGGUGUGUUGAUCUUUUCUGGCCUGGGUUUGCCGACUGCAAUUGUAGGUGGAUCUACACUGGCUUUCCCGCUUGGCGGUCCUGAGCUGCGAACGGGGAGUGUGUCGCUUCACGGCGCACAGGAGGGCGAAUAGCCAACAUGGCGGAGUGGACGCAUCGCAAGCGUGCCGAGUCGGACGCAAGGGCGUUCGAGAAAGGCCGCAUAAACGUUUUGGCGAGUGAGCGAGAGCUGGUGCAGAAGAAGACGUUCACGAAAUGGGUGAACGCACACUUGCAGCGCAGCAGUGUUCAGAUCGAGGACCUGUUUGUGGAUUUGCGCGAUGGCAUCUACCUCAACAAACUGCUGGAGAACAUUUCUGGAGAGAAGCUGAGUAAGCCAUCCAACGGCAAGAUGCGAAUUCAUAAGUUGGAGAAUAUGGGCAAGGUGCUGGAUUUUCUCAAGGCAAAGAAGGUGCACUUGGAGAACGUUGGCGCCCAUGACAUUGUCGAUGGCAGUGCCCGUCUUACGCUCGGUCUCAUCUGGACGAUCAUCCUGAGAUUUCAGAUUCAAGACAUCAUGGUCGAAGAGUCGGCGGAGAAGAGGUCGGCAAAGGAGGCCCUGCUCCUCUGGGUCCAGCGCAUGACAAAAGGGUAUCCUGGAGUAAAUGUCACAAACUUCACUACAACGUUCAGGGACGGUCUGGCAUUCAAUGCUCUCAUCCAUAAGCACAGACCCGACUUGCUGGACUUCAAGGCUCUGAACCCGGAGGAUCACAAGGACAACUUGAACAAUGCAUUUGACAUUGCGUUCACCGACCUUGGCUUGCCCAAGCUUCUAGAUGCUGCCGAUGUUGACGUAAGGUUGCCGGACGAGAAAUCCAUCAUGACAUAUGUAGCAGUCAUGUAUCAGUACUUCUCCAAGAUGAAGGAGGGUGAUGUCGGCGGCAGGCGUAUCAACAAGCUGCUGGGUCAGAUGAUGGAGAUUGAGAAGCUGAAGACCGACUAUGAGCAGAUCGUGACGUCACUUCUCCAGUGGAUCGAGGAGAAGACCAGGCAACAUUCUAUUCCCAACCUGCCAAACUCUCUGGCAGCUAUCCAGGAAGAAAUGGCUGCGUUCACUCUGUACCGUACCGAGGAGAAACCUCCAAAAUUCUCUGAGAAGGGUAACCUGGAGGUGCUUCUCUAUCAGCUGCACAUGAAGCUUAUGAUGGGUCGCCAGAAGUCCUAUGUUCCGCCUGAUGGCAAGGCAAUCAAGGACGUCAACAAGGCAUGGGUGAAGUUGGAGGCUGCUGAGCACGGAAGGGAGGAGCGCCUACGCAAGGAGCUGAUCCGCCAGGAGAAACUAGAGCAGCUUGCAGCUCGCUUCAGCCGCAAGGCUGAGCUCCGUGAAGUUUGGUUGGAGGACAACGAGCGCCUGGUUAGCGUUGAUGACUUUGGAGAUGACUUGCCUGCUGUGGAGGCUGCUCUGAAGAAACACGAGGCUGUCUGCACUGACAUCAAGGCAUCGGAAGAGCGAAUUGAAGCAGUGUCACACCUAUCUGAGGAACUGGUCUCUAACCGCUUUCAUGAGAGUGAUGACAUCAAUGAGAGGGCUCAGCUCGUCAAUCAGAAUUACCGUGAGUUGCUGGAGUUGGCAUCAGGACAACGCAAGCGACUAGAUGUAGCUACCGGUCUCUACAAUGCGUUCCACGAGAUGGAUAACAUCUUCGAUUGGAUUGAUGAUGUCAAGCCGAGUGUGAUGCUGGAAGACGUCGCCAAGCACUACACUGGUGCUCAGGACAUGCUGCAGAAACACAAGCUGCUGGAGGCCGACAUUGCCGCACAGCAGGCACGCAUCAAGAGUGUCUGUGCCGAAGUGCAGAAGUAUGCAGCCAUGCAGUCCGAGGGCAAUAGAGAAGGUAUCUUCUCACCUGAUGAAGCUGUUGUGAAGGAGAGGCAGGAUGAGCUUGAAGAGGAGUAUGGUUUGCUAGUCAGCAAGGCAGCUGAGCGACGCUCAGUCCUGGAAAGGUCGCUGGAACUGCAGCUGUUCCUUCGCAACGCCGAGCAACAGGGCUCUUGGAUUCGCGACUUUGUCAGCGUGUUGCUCAGUGGAGAGCUGGGAAGAGACUUGACGCAUGCACUGAGCCUGCAGGAGAAACACAAGGCUGUUGAGGCCGAGGUGGCUGGACAACGUCAGCGCUUCAAUGCCGUUUGUCAGACAGGAGACGACCUCAUCGCUGCCAAGCAUCAUGCAAGCGAGGUCAUCAGCUCUCGCCUGCAACAGCUGAGGUCCGGCUUUGCCGAGCUUGAAGGUCACGUUGAACAGCGGAAGAAGCGCCUUGCCGAAUCCGUAGCACUGCAGCAGUACCUGGUUGAUCUGAAUGAAACGUCCAGCUUGAUGGAUGACCUUGAGCAGAGGGUAUCGCGUACGGACUACGGGACCGACGAGGCCAGUGCCCAGGCGCUGCUCAAGAACCUGCAGACUGCCCAAGAGGAUCUGCUGACGUACCGCACAAUCAUCAGCAGUCUUGAGGAUCAGUUCAGCAAGCUGGCACCUGAGGACAAGACUGAAGCUGUGGCCACACAACAGGCCAAUGUCAACAAGCGCUAUCAGAAUCUCCUCGAGCUGGCCAAGCAGAGGGAGAGGUUCUUGCGUGAUGCCAUUGCGCUGUUCCAGCUGCAACAAGAGGCCGGAGACCUUGAUGGCUGGAUCACUGAUAUGGAGGCAGUGGUCAAUGCUAUGACUGUCACUCAUGACCCUGGUCAAGUGGACGUCUACAACCAGCGAUUGACCAAGUUUGAGCAGGAGAUUGCUUCGAACGAGCCGCGCCUGAUGACCAUCAAUCACAUGGCCCAGCGCAUGUCUGACCAGGGCCACUCUCAGCCUGCCAAGAUCGGCGAGAUCAAGGAUGAGCUGAACGCAAGGUUUGUGAACCUGAAGGACUUGUCGCGGAAGAAGAGAGCUCAAGUGGACGCCGCACUGGCUGUGCAAGCCUUCUGUGGAGAUGUGGAUGAGACCAUGCGCUGGAUUGCUGAGAAGCAGCAUCAGCUGCGCCAGGUGGAGGGCGGUGGGGACAUGGCCACUGUACAGAGUGCACAGCGGAGACUGAUCGGCACGGAGAGAGACGUGGCCGCCAUCACCGACAAGAUCAAGCAGCUGAACUCGGAGGGUGACAACCUUUCCAGUGCUCAUCCAGAUGCUGAGGAGGUGAUCAGCGAGAAGCAGAAGGCCCUGCAAGACAUGUGGAAGGACCUGACAGAUGCUCUGGAACAACGCCGGUCCAAGAUUGGUGACUCGAGCAACGCACAAGAGUUCCUCCAGGAGUUGAUUGUCUUCCAAGAUUGGAUUGAUGCUGCCAGGCUUAGAGCUGCAUCACAGGAGGUGGCAAACAACGUCACUGAUGCCGAGGCUCUACAGAAGCAGCACAAAGAUCUGAAUGCCGAGAUUGAGUCGUAUCAACCUACGUUUGAGAAGCUAAAGCAGCACGGAAAGGUGAUCAUCACCGAUGCCAAUGAUCCAGCACAGAAGGAAGCUCACGAGCGGUUGUCCAAGCUGGAUGACGUGUGGGGUGACCUGCAAAAGGCCUGGGACGCCCGUCAGAAACUUCUUGAACAGAACCACAAGCACCAGACAUUCCGUCACAAUUUAGAGCGCGCAGAGGUUCUGCUGAAGGAGGAAGAGGCUUUCUUGGCGGACCAGGAGCUUGGAACAACUUUGAACGAGGCAGAGGCCAAAGUGAAGCGAUUUGACGAGGUGAACUCCCGCUUGCCGUCUCAUGACGAGCGUGUCGAUGCACUGGUUGCUGAUGCUGCGGCAAGGAAAGCCGAGGAUCACUAUGCUGCGGAUGAAAUGACCGGACUGGCAAAGAGCCUGGCUGAUAGACGUGAUACCAAUCGCCGUCGCUUCACACAGCGUCGGCAGGCACUGAACGACUCUCUGGCCUUGCACCAGUUCCACAGGGAAGUGGACGAGGUUGGCGACUGGAUUGCUGAGAAAGUGCAGAUUGCCCAGGACGAGAACUUCCGCCAGCCAGAGAAUCUUCCAAGCAAGGUGACACGCCACGAGGCCUUUGAAGCUGAACUGUCGGCCAACAAGGAUCGCCUGGACAAUGUACACAAGACUGGAAAUGCCGUCUCAGCCUCCCAGCCUGCGGCCAAGGAUGAUGUUGCAGCACGCUUGUCCGGUAUUGAUGACAAGUGGCAGGCAUUGUCUAACGAGACUGCCAACAAGGGCCGUCGGCUGAAGGAAGCCGUGCAAGGUCAGCUGUUCCGACGUGGCGUGGACGAUCUCAAUGAGUGGAUGGACACCACGGAAACUCGACUGGCAAAUGACGACGUGGGCGAUGAUAUUCCCUCUGUCAAACAACUCAUCAAGAAGCACAAGUUACUGGAGAGUGAUGUCAGCGCACACCAGCCUGGUAUUGAGGAUGUUCAGAAGGAUGCCGGUCAGAUGAAGGAUGGCGGUCACUUUGAUGCCGAGGUCAUUCAACAACUGGCCACAGAUCUGGAGACCCGCUACAACUCCCUCGCUGCGCCCAUCAAACAACGAGCCAAUCGGCUGGAGGAGUCGCGCAAGUUCCAAUCAUUCCUUCGGGACAUUGACGAAGAAGAUGUGUGGAUUCAAGAGCACUUGCCGAGAGCCGAGUCCACUGACUAUGGAUCAACAUUGCUUGAAGCACAGCUCUUCCUCAGACGCCAACAGGUGCUGCAAACUGAAAUCGAUGGCCACGUUCCAUUGAUCAACGUCGCCCAGAAGACUGGCAGCGAUCUCGUCACUGAUGGUAACUUUGCAUCGGAGAAGAUUGAGGACCGCUUGCAGCGCCUGAAGGAGCGCUGGAGCACACUGUUGUCGGCUGCCGACCUGCGCCAGCGUCAGCUGGACAGGUCUGAACAUUGCCAUCAGUACUUAUUGGAUGCAGCUGAAGCGCAGGCCUGGAUGAGCGAGCAAGAACUUUUCCUGAUGGUGGAUGACCGUGGCAGGGAUGAGGACAGUGCACAAGCCCUGCUGAAUCGCCACGAGAUCAUGGCUCAGGAUAUCAAGGAGUUCCGCAACACCGUGGAUAGCCUAGGUGCCACGGCAAAGGCCAUGUUGGACGCAGAGCAUUUCAACAGUGACACAAUCUCCAUGCGCCAGUCCCAAGUUGACAAACUGUACACCGGACUGGUGGAUUUGGCUGAGGAGCGUGGUGCCAAGAUCAAGGCUUCUCUUGAGAUGUUCCACUUUGGCAGUGAGUACGAGGACACGGUGAUGUGGCUGGGUGAGCAGCGUGCCAUAGCUAGCAGCAAGGAGCUAGGACAACACUAUGAUCACAAUGUGCGUCUGCGCGAGAAAUUCAGCCAGUUCUCGCAGAAGACUCGCUCGACUGGCCAGGAUCGUGUGUUGGCGUUCAGCAAGCUGUGUCGUGGCCUGGUGGACAACAAGCAUCCGCAAGCCAGCAAGAUCAGCAACUCAUUGGCUGGUGCUGAGCUACAGUGGGUGAAUGUGAAGGAACUCCUGGACACUAGGACAAAGGCUCUGGCUGAUGCUGGCGAGAUCUUGCACUAUUACGGAGAUGCAGAGGAGUUAUCAUCACGUAUCAAGGAGAAGUCCAUCAGUCUGUCUCGGGAUCUGGGCCGCGACCUGGCCUCCGUGCAAGCUCUGCGUCGUUAUCACCAGGCAGAUCUGGGCCAAGCUGAUGGCUUUGAAAAGCAGGUGACCCAACUAUCCGAGGAAGCCCUACGUCUGUCCGAGACCUAUCCAGACAAGUCCGAUGACAUCGCUGCCAAGGAGCAGCAGGUGGACAGCGCCUGGCAGGUGCUGCGGCGCAGGAUUGCCGACCGUUCGCAGCGCCUGGAGGAGUCCGAGAGCCUGUAUCAGUUCCUGGUGCGCCUGCGUGAUCUGCUGCUGUGGGCAGCCGACAUGCGCAUGCAGAUCUCCAGUGACGAACAGCCAAAGGAUCUGGUGGUUGCUGAGAACCUGAUCAAUCAGCACAAACAGCGCAAGGCCGAGAUCAGCGCCAGGGCGGACAACUUUGAACGUGCCCAGGAGCUGGGUAGAGAGAUGGUGAAGCGUCAGCACUAUGCCAGGCAGCAGGUCAGCGAUCGUCUAGCACUGCUGGAGGGUCAGUUGGAUGCACUGAACCAAGACUGGGAGGAGCAUGAGAAAGAGCUCCAUCUGUUCCACACAACACACAAGUUCUCCCGGGAUGCCGGCACAGCCGAGUCCUGGCUGGCUGCCAACGAAGGGUUCUUGGCCAUGCCCGACGUUGGGGAUUCUCUCGACUCGGCCGAAGCAUGGCUAAAGAAGAUGGAAGAUUUUGAGAAGACCAUGGCGUCGCAGGAGCAGCGCUUCCGAAGCCUGGACAAGUCAACGUCGUUUGAAGACCACCAGAAGAGCACCGAAAAGCGCUUGUCGCUGGGCAACAUGCGCGACGGUCACAGCCGUGCUCCACUCGCCCAUCGGCGCAGCUUCACCGACAUCUUUGCCGACAUUCCCCUCACCGAGCAAGCCGUGGAGGAAGAAGAGGAAAGGCAGCGCAUGGCAGCCGAAGCUGCCGAACGUGCGGCCAUUGCCGAAGAGGAGCGCAAGGCCGAGCUCGAGGAACGUCGUGCUCAGCAAGCUGCAGGGCUGGACACCCUUGCCGAGGAAGAACCACCCAGUGAAGCAGCGACGACGAUGCAGGAAGAACCCAUCACUGAGCUACCUGCCGUCACCCCAACUACCGCAGAAGACACUGCACAUGUUGAGGAUACUGCAGCACCCGCCGCCAGCGAACCAACAUCACCGGUACCGCCUCCCUCAACGGAGGUCGACACCAAACCGAUCGAGGACAACGCAGCAGCAGCGCCAGAUGAUACUCGUGCUGCAGAACCGACAACGCCCACUAAGCCAGCUGGAGAGGUGUCACACACCACACCAGCUACAGCGGUUUCUAGUCCAGUGACUAUUCAAGUUCCGGAUGAUUCCGCCGCUACUUCGCCCAACAAACCCCAGCAAGAACCGGAGCAGGCACAAUCUACUUCAGAAAGUGCACCUGUAGUUGCUGACACGUCGUCUUCAUCUCCAGCUGCUGAAGCUGCACCAGCUGCAACAGCAGCAGCCAGUGAGGGGACAUCAGAAGUGCCUGCUGCAGCCGCAGAGGACGCCAAGCCUGACGACACAGCGACACCAGCAACACCAGCAGCAGCUCCUGCCCCUGCUGCCAGCGAACCAGCAGCUCCUGCCCCUGCUGCCAGCGAACCAGCAGCUGAUCCUGCAGCAGAGACUGCUUCGGAACAGGCCACAUCCAGCGAAGCGCCAUCAGCGACAGCAUCUGCAGCAGAGUCUACUCCAGCGUCACCUGCGUCAACGAUGGGACGCAAAUCAUCAGUUGUGGACAUCACCUCCUUGUUGAAGGCCAACUUACCACGCAAGUGGGAGAUGGUGGCGAAUGGAAAGCGCUCCUCCAGUCGUACGUGGAAGACACACUACACUGUGCUGCGUGGUGCACAGCUGACGUUCCACAAAGAUGCGCGCGAUGCACAGCGUGGUGAAGAGUCGACUGCUUCGGUUGUCCUCAUCGGCGGAACAGCCUCUGCAGCCACCGACUACGCUAAGCGAAAGAAUGUCAUCCGUGUCAGGACAAGCGGCGGAGGAGAGUAUCUAUUCGAGACCAAGGACGCGGAGGAGAUGACAGAAUGGAUCGAGGGCAUCAACCAAGCCAGUCUCGUUGACACACAGUUGGCAGCGGUUGCUCAGCCUGGUCCGCCGACAGCAGGAGACGAAUCCGGCCCAGCAUCGCCACCACCCGGUGAGGAAUUUAAGAAGAGAGACACCAAGCGCCGCAGUCUGUUCCGCAAGAAGUAAACCUGGACAUGUCGCCUUUCCAGUAAUACUGAGCCCUGAACGAAUACUAUUUUUUUGAUCUUGUCAACCGCCACAUGCUGGAUUUUUGCUUCAACUUCAUUUCCUUUACGUUGCAGUCAUUGAUUUCAUGAAAUUCGAUCUAAAUUCGUUUACUUUUGACAAAUCUAUUUUAGAGAAUUUAUCUAUAAAAUAGUGUUGCCUGGCUGAGUUUUUUGUUUGUCUAGCUGGCCUUCCAAGUUAUCAAACAUUUUCUGUUGCCAGAUCUGUUUCCUUGUUAAAAAAUGACAUUUUGAUUUACUCGAAAGCGACCGAAAAUUUUUAAAAGGUUUUUUUAUCUAG